AUGUCAAGCAGCCAAAGAGCGGAAUGUUCUCAUGGUUUCUUCAAGCAAUACAUAUCAAGGAGAAAUUCGUUGAUGGAUUUCAUAAUAAGAUUUGAGAGGGCACUUUCUCAUCAACGUCAAAAAGAGUUAGUUGCUGAUCACGUAGAUGCAUUUGAAGUGGCUCAAUGUAUUCUACCGAUGCCAAUGAACAAACAAAUGGCUACCUUGUACACAAGGACAAUGUUUCAAAAGUUUGAGCAAGAACUAAUACAAAGUACAGCAUGUUUCCUAGAGCUGAAAACAGAGGAUGCUUCUAAAGUUGUCUUUAAUGUGAGCGAAAGGAAAAAUUGGGAAACAAGAGUGGCAGAAGUCGUAUAUGUCAAAGAUUCUGACCACGCAUCGUGUAGCUGCAAAAGAUUUGAAUUUGUUGGAAUUAUUUGCAAGCACAUCCUAGCAUUGUUCAGAAGGGACCAGAUUGAAUAUAUGCCCGAUAAAUACAUUUUGAAGAGGUGGAAGAAAACUGCGAAAUUUGGAUUGGUGUCAGAUGCAAAUGGCAACGAAAUUAAAGACUCUGCAGAUCCUGGUCUUUUAAUAAAGCGGAGUACAAUGUCCCGACUUGCUUCAGAUGUGGUUGAGGAUGCAUUAAUGUGUGAAGAAGGAUGUGAGCUACUGUCAGAGACUCUAAAAAGUUUGCAGGGUGAAGUUGAAGUUGUUGAAGGAUGGACCAAGUAA